CUGUUCAAAAAAUUCACAUUACAGCACUUUCAGGUCCAUCGAUUGGAAAAAAUAUAUAACCUAACACAUCUGCUAUUGGUAUUCUGGAUACCAACAACAAUUGUUGCAUUUUCUUAUAUGUUUGUUAUCUGUAAGCUUAAUUCGAUGAAGCGGAGAAAUCGACGUGGUUGGUGCUUCAGACAGUCGCAGACUUUUUUUUUUUAA